AUGGCAUCAACCACAAGUCUGCCUCCUCUGGACCCGCUGUACAAGGCGAACGCGAAACGGACGUACAGCGUGUUCGCGUCAUGUCCGGAGCAGGGUAUGAAGGAGGAGGAGAAGAGUGCGCGGAUACGGCUCGCCGUGAAGAUCAACGACGAGUACAAACACUACAAACAGCUGCCCUCUGCUCUGCUCGAGCAACAGAUGCCCGUAGGCCCAGCCCGGCCAAAACAGCAGCUAAAAGCGAUCACAGCCGGCCCCUCAGCCUCCGCCUCCGCCGCCACCGACACCUCCCGCAUGAUCGCCACAAUCGACAACACACCCACCCAAACCCCCUCCACCUUCUCCAACUCCUCCCACCUCUCCCAAGCCCUCUCCCUCCACAAAACCACACGCACCAUCAAGCCCACGUUCCACCCGCAAUGGAAGCUCAUGCGCGUCAUCUCCGGCCAUCUGGGCUGGGUACGCUCCGUCGCCGUCGAGCCGGGCAAUAAGUGGUUCGCGACGGGCGCGGGCGAUCGGGUGAUUAAGAUCUGGGAUUUGGCGAGUGGGGAGUUGAAGUUGAGUUUGACGGGACAUAUUUCGACGGUUAGGGGGCUGGCGGUGUCGAGUAGGCAUCCGUAUUUGUUUUCGUGUGGGGAGGAUAAGAUGGUGAAAUGUUGGGAUUUGGAGGCGAACAAAGUCAUCAGGCAUUAUCACGGCCAUCUGUCCGGCGUCUACUCCCUCUCGCUUCAUCCGACGCUCGACGUGCUCGUCACGGCGGGCAGGGACGCCUCAGCGCGCGUGUGGGAUAUGCGGACGAAGGCGCAGGUGCAUGUCCUGGCGGGACAUACGGCGACGGUCGCGGAUGUGAAGUGUCAGGAGUCGGACCCGCAGGUUAUUACGGGUAGUAUGGACUCUACCGUUCGCCUCUGGGACCUCGCAGCCGGCAAAACGAUGGUAACCCUCACGCACCACAAAAAGUCCGUGCGCGCGCUCGCGAUCCAUCCUACAGAAUACUCCUUCGCCUCGGGCUCGGCGGGGGGGAACAAUAUCAAGAAGUGGAAGUGUCCGGAGGGGACGUUCGUGUUUAAUUUUAGUGGGCAUAAUGCGAUUAUUAAUACGAUGAGCGUUAAUGCGGAGGGGGUGUUUUUCUCGGGCGGCGACAACGGAACGCUCACGCUCUGGGACUACGACACCGGGACGCCAUUCCAGCAUAUGGACGAUAUUCCCCAGCCGGGGUCGUUAGAAGCCGAGGCUGGAGUGUUUUGUUCGACGUUCGACGCUACCGGGACGAGGCUGAUCACGGGCGGGGCGGACAAGACGAUCAAGGUUUACGCUGAGCAAGCAUGAUUCUUGAUCAUGAUGGGGUGUGGCGCGCCACAUCGUGCGGGCUGAGGUUGUCGGAUUGUAACCUUUACC